CUCCGCUCUCUGACUCCACGGCUCCUCAUUCACUAGAAGAUGGCGGACUGCGCUCCACUAUUAGAUGAGGAACUCUCGUCCUUUGUCUUCAAUUACCUGACAGAAAAUUCCGGCAGCCAGUAUGGGGAGGAGGAGGUGUGUUCGGACCGAUUGGACACUGACUUCCCGGACAUCGACCUCUCCCAGCUGGACACCAGUGACUUCGACAGCGUCAACUGUCUCAGCGAGCUACAGUGGUGCAAUGAUCAGCCAGCAGAUGCUUCACCCGCCUCCAUCCACUACAGUACAGCAGAUGAGCUCUUCGAGAUAGAAGAGGAGAACGCGGCUCUGCUGGCCGCUCUGACCGACAGCUUGGAUGGCAUGGUUGACGCAGAAGUGGGCGGGCUCUCCGUCUUCCCUGCCCUGGGGGAGGAGCCUGACCAGGAGGAGGAAGAAGAAGACAGUCUUCCUCUCAACGCCGAGGAAUUCAGCCAGACCCUGGGGGCCGAGACAGAGGACCCAUCUCUACUGAAGAAGCUGCUGCUGACUCCUCCCAAUGUGCCCUCAAGCAUCGACGCACACAAGGAUAGAGUCCCCGGCCAUCGCUACAGUAGCAGAAGCCUACAUCUGCGGCCAGUCCGACCUCUGGUCAAGAGUGGCCUUCCUCAGGAGCGCAAGCCUCGAGCUGUACGUCCGGCGGGCCGCUUGUGCACCGAGCUACACCGCCACCUCACCACCGCCCAGGACCUGGAGGACGUCCCGGCCCCGGACACGGAGGAGGAUGAAGAAGAAGAAGAAGAGGAGGACGAGGACAGUGAGUCCGAGGAGGAUGAAGAGGAGGAGGAGGAAGAAGAAGAGGAGUCUUCCAGCAGUGAGGUGGAGGGCGUGGCCGUUGUGAAUGCCGCCCCUGUUGAGCCGGCGAAGCCUCAGUUCAGCUCGGAGAAAGAACUGCGCUCAGUGGUGGAGCUGAUCACGUACAUGCACACCUACUGCCUGCCCACACGCAAGCAGCAGGGCUGGGACCGUAAGGACCGAGACCUCCAGAGGCCUCGGGCCAGACCUGAAGCGUCCCGCCCAACCGUGGCAAACUCCCACAGCAGAGUUGUCUUGGUGGCUACUCCGGGGACUAGUGGGGGCUUGACAGGGACAGGCAACAGUGCCCCGAGGAGGCUCCCCUUUGCAAGGCGAAGGGAGAUGAAAGCCAACUCCCUUCUCCGCGAGCUCCUGCAGCAGAGCAGCUCUUAUGAUGUGAGCAAGCCUUACAGACUGCACAGCCCUCCCUACUCCCACUCUCACAGCCCCAACAGAGGAGGAGCAUCUGCUCCUUCUGUCCUGGUUAAAUCAGCUCAUGCCCUCUCCCACAGCUCCGCCACACCUAAACCAGAGCUUCGUAAAGACUCUUCCUCCCCUGAGAGGAGAAACUAUUCCUCGGAGGCUCCUCAAAUCCCAGAGGAGUCAGCAGAGGACAGCGGCUCCUUCUCGGUUCGUCGCUCCCGCCGCCUGGCCUCCUUCCCCAGCCGGUUCGCCAAGAGGCUGCGGCCUGGACGGGCAAGGGAAGGAGAGGGGGGCAAAAGGGAGGAGAGAGAGGAGGGACGAGCAGGGGUUAAACUCCUGCCAACCCAAGCUGGAGGUGUAACCACGACGGAGCAGGAGCACCUAACAUCAGGCGAUGGCAGCGGCAGUACGACGGAAGUGGACAAACCCUGCUGCCAUAACGAAAAGCGAGCCUGCCUCUGUCUGCCUCUCAACCCCAAGUCCAGAGGAGAGUCCCAGUACAGCACCAAGCCUUUCGAGCAGACGCUCGGUGUGGAUCUGUGUGGAACGGCAGGUCUCACCCCUCCCACCACCCCGCCCCACAAACCUGUGGAGGAUGAGCUCUUCAAACCUGCGGAGGGAGGGAAGAGUGGAGAGGGAGCAGGCGGCGGCAGCAGUGGGGACGGUGGAGGAAGAUGCGGCGAGUCAGUUCACCCGGCUGCAAACACCAACACCAACGUUUCCACGAAGGGCUCAUCCUGGCUGAGCCGCACCCACCAUCAGCGGAAGCUUCCAGAGCAGACGGAGCUGUACGCCCAACUGCGGCGCAUGGGCCAGGCGGGUGACAGUGACAGCCACCGCACGUUCGGCGAUCACGACUACUGUGCGCUGAGCCUCGGGGAGAGCCGCAAGCGGAGCGCCGCCAUGCUUGGCGCCAUGUUGCAGGCACAAGGAGGUAGCGAUGGAGUUAGCAACUUGGCACCCAAAAUAGUCAACGAUCAGGUCUCGGAUGCAAAGGGCACAGCGGGCGAGGAGAGGCUGCUGGUAUCGGAGGGUGAAGAACCGCUUGAGAAGCAGGCAAUGACAGUAGUGAUCUCAUCAUCGUCACGCUCAGACUGCCAGUCCGAUGCUGCCACUCCUCCGGCGUCAGAGGAGGAGGCGGAACGCUCGUCUGCGUCUCGCUCGCCUUCGCCCAUUCUCCACCUGUGUCCUGACUCGCCCGCCAGCAAGACUGACUCCAGUGAGAACUCGGAGAUCUGUCCUGACGACAAGCAGAGGAACAAAGUCAAGUCUGACGAGGACAACUGCCAGGUGUUUUACAUCCACAACCUGCCAAGCAGCGUGACCCAGAACAUGCUGAGGAAACGCUUCCAGGUUUUCGGCAAAGCAGAGGACUGCAAAGUCAUCAUCUGCAACGAGGAGCGCUGUGGGGUGAUAAAGAUCCGCCAACAAGGGCCUCAAAGACACCGGAGAGAACGGGAGACUGUUUUCCAGAAUGGACCUGCAGGCUUAAGGAGGCUGACAAGGAAACGCUACAUAGAUCUUGAUGAGGCAGGUCCGGGUCCUGUGAAGAGCAAGUACGAUGCACUGGACUUUGACACUCUGCUGAAGGAGGCCCAGAAAUCCCUGCACCGCUGACAGCACAGUGCCCCUGACUGGCCAGCCUUAGUAAACUGCAGCAUCAACUCUCUGACUACACGGCUCUGCCCUCCGACAGGCCUCUCAGUACCUCCAUGCAAGGCAACCUCGCAAAAUGUUUACAUUUUUACCAUUGGAAUAAAGUAACGAUAGGGACCUUGUUUUUUUUUAGUUUCUUUCACCGGAGGAUACUGCUUAAAAAUGAGGAAGACACUGGGCGUACGGAGGAGUUACGAGACAACCGAGGAAGUAGGACUUUAAACAGCAAUGGUACAACUACAAACAAUAACGCUACUGUUCUCUGCUGAACAACAAUAACAAAGCUGUAUGUGUUGGUGACGUCAUUGCCCGCCUUGGGAGAGCGGGCGUGAGAGACAUCUGUAGCAAAUCCUUGCUAUUCCUGCGUUGCGUUGGUCGUCGUGGUGUGCGUUUCUGCGUCUGCGUGUUCUUUGUUCUGUUUGUUUUGUAAAAAAAAAAAUAUAAAACUCCCUCUUUCCGGUUACGGGUGGUGAACCUGCAAGCUGCGUUCGCUAUGAAGUCGUGUGGUUGUAUAACCAGGAAAAAAAAAAACCCUGCUUUGUUUUAGCGAAAAAUUGUGGAUGUUAAAAAUUUUAAAAUCUAUUGUGUGUGUGUGUGUGUGUGUUAUGGACAAAGAAUAUAUAUAUAUAUAUAUAAAACAUUUAACGUAAUCAUUUGAUGACUGAUGAAGUUUACAAAUCUAAAAUGAAGAAGAAAAAAAUCAUGUUUUUUUCUUUUUUUUGUAACUGUAGUGCUUCCUUGAUUUGAUCUAUGCACUGUAAGGAGGUAAAUGUCUCCGCUGUCCUCCACUUCCCCCCCUUUGAAUCUAUUCUCUAACUCUGCCAUGCUGAAUAUUUUCGCUUCUGCUACUGGCUGCUGCAGGCUUUGUUUGGUAGAUGUUUUAUACAUUAAGACCACAACUUGGACCUGGGAAAAAUUCCCCUCGAAAUCAACCAUUGUUGACCAUGUUGAGAUAUCAAUUCAGCUUAAGAACUCAUUAACAUUAUUGCAAGGAGUGACACAUGUUUCAAGCAUUACUACUUUUGAAAUAAUUAUCUAACAGUUAAUGUCUGGGUUAAAUCCAUUUGCAGGAUUGAUCUGGUUUUAGAAUUAAGGGUUGAUUAAAAGAGGGAUGUAGUGAGAAUUGAUAGGGAAGGAAGUCAGGGGAAAAUAAAUUAUCUGUUUUGAGACAGCAAAACUAACGGCUAAACCAAACCAACACAGCAGUUCCUCAGCAGUGACACAUUGACAUUUCUUUGGUCCAAAAAACAGACCCGAGGCAAAUAGAUGAUUAUUCUGUUAAUUGCUUUGGAGACUCACCAAAUAUCCUCGACCGGGAUAUCUUCCUGGCUAAUCAGAACUUUGGUUUAAAAAGUUAAAAUGGGCCUCAUAUGUUGAUUCCGGGUAUAUUUUUCCCUGUCUAAAGGGGUCUUAAUGUAUCUUUGAUAGGGUCCCACUGAACAUGUGUCAAAUACAGGCUGAAGCCUGGCGACACCCCUCGAAUGCCACAGCCAAUGCAACGGUUUCUGUUUACAUUUGGACUGCAGCAAGCAGGAAUUAAAUGGGGAAAUAAAGUUUGCUUUUAGUAAUGAACUCAGUAUGAAUUCAUCACUCCUGCACAUUUAUCCAGACCAGUCGUGUCUUCUUUCAGAUGACAUCCCUCAGUCACUACAGGCAAAAGUAUUUCAAAUCACGUUCAAUUAUUCUUUUUUGGAACACUUUUUUUCUCGGUGACCAUAGAGCUUUACGUUGGAUUCAAUGUACAAUUUUUUUCUCCCCAUUGCCCACCCAUGAAACGUCGUUGUUAAGAGGUAGAUGAAUCUGUUGGUUCAAAUGGAAUGUAUUCAAGAAUCUGAAUGUAACCGCGUUUUCCCCAUUUCUGCUUGCCCAAAGAUUGUGGAGCUUUCUGGUGCUUUAAAAGGUAGACUUGCUUAGUCAUAUGGUUUACCGCAUGUGACCGAUUAUGGCUUGUGAGGCAGUCCGGUUAGCACCUAUUUUACAAUCCUAAUGCAGCCAGUAGCACCAGCCAUGAGAAGGGAGAGAGCUUCCAAGCCUGCCAAUAUGGUGGCAUCACACCGCCACCGACAACACAGCCAGGGAAGAGCAAGGGAUGGGCUUGAAAAUAGCGAAUAAAAGUUUCAGACAAGAAUCUUAAUUCCUGUCUGGGAGGUACUGUAUCAGCUGAGCAUCUCUACCUCACAUCCAUCCAUCCCUGCUCCACCUUGUCUUUUUUAUUUAUCUGUUCUACUGGAUGCUCUCCCCCCUGUCUUUUACAAGUCUCUCGCUCUGUUGUGUUUUUUGUCUGAAAUUCUCUGUGUAAGGGUUUCCCUAACAAAUGGGUGGUUAUGGGUAGUUUGAGGGUUUGUGUUGGAUUUUUUUAUACUACGACUCCUCCUACCACUGAGCCCCUUGUGAGGGGAAUGAUCUCUGUCUAUCUCUGACUCUUUUCUGCGCUGGCCUCAUAAUGGUUUGAAGCGUAUCUGUUUCUUGGAGUCUCGACCUUGUGUCCUUGUGUAACUUGAGUGUUUUGUCUUUGUCUCGUGUUUGAGUCGGACACUGCUGACGCUUACAGGUCGGUUAGGACGGGGUGGGAGGGGGUUGAACAGUGGUGGGUGGUUUGGUUAGUCCUUGAGUGCAGUUGGAGGGGAAGAUUCCCAAGCUUCCCCUUGCCCUCAUUUUCUCGUAAUCUUCAAGGACAUGCCAUUCCUACUGACCGCUCUCUUCCUCCUCUCCUAGCCCGGGAAUUUCAAGAGAAAACGCAGCCCGACUCUUCCUCUAACUAAAUCUCUAUCGCUUUUUGUCUCUGCGGGUUCAAGGCCUUGUUUCCAGGUCUUACCCAAACCCCCUGGUAUACUCCCCGCUUUUUAACAGAUAAUCCAUCUUUCCCUGACCCUGUUCCUUGUCAUUGCUCUAUCUAAUCAACUCCUUGGUAACACACACAAAAAAUUGAAUGUUUACAUCACUCGAUUCUCCUUUGACUUUAUUAGGAACGCACACUAAGUACAAAGGCGCCUUAUUCAGUGUUUUCAAAAAAAAAAUUCAAGCAGCAAGUGAAGUGGCCAAGAGGGAGGCACCUUCUUGAGACUCACUGAUGUCCAAAACUAACUACAACAGUUUAGUGCUAUACAUACUGAUUGAGAAACAAGGUCGUCAAUUCAAAUUAAACAGAGAAAAGAAAAACCUAGAAAUUUCAACAAAACUAAUCGUGAACAACUGAAUGAGUAUUUGUGCUUAGUAUGUAUACUACUAAAAAGUGAGAGAAUGUGCUGGUUUACAUAUUAAAAAAAGAAUAUAUUAUAAUAUAUGAAUAUAAAAUGUGUAUAUAGCACUAUGCCUCGUUGUAAACAUAAAUUGUAUUGUGUGUUCGUUUUUUAACGGUGGCGGGUCAUAGUUGAUUGCUAAUCAGACAGGAGACGGUCAGGUCAGUGUUGUUCUGAUGAGUUCAUGUUCGUUCAGUGCAGGGAGGAAAUUAAGGGAAAAAUUGAGUUGAAAUGACUUCACACACAAAGUCCGACACUGUUGUUCAAGAAAGACAAAAAAAGAUCCAAGUAUCCCUUUAGACUACCACACUAGCGGGUUCUAUUUCUUUGCUGUUUAUGAAAUAUUUUUCAAUGUUUUUUUUUUUGUUUUCUUAAAAAGCAAUUUAAAAUGCAAUACAUAAUAAUCUUAUCUUUAAGACAGCCUUUCCGGGGGAAAAAAAAAAAAAAAACCUGAGGUAAUAAUGUACAGUAUAUGGUUGGUUGUUGAACUACAACAUGGGUAAUCUUUGAGCUGCGGAUUCAAUAUGCUACUGAACUGUAUGUAGACUGCUGUUCAACACACACACACACACACACACACACACACACACACACACACACACACACACACACACACACACACACACACACACACACACACACACACACACACACACAAAAUACUACAGGAAGAAAAGGGGCAGUUGCAUUGUAAACACAUAACACGUAUAGAAAAGAAAUGGUACCAAUAUACUCUUGCACAAAUAACGUCCCAAGUAGUGAAAUACCUUCACAAUAUUUUCCUCUCAUCAAAAGGAAGCUGUUGUAACUAUGUUAUUACCACAUUUUGAUGGUGCACAGGUUCUGAAUUGCAUUGGACACUUACUUGUAUUACGGUAACAGCUAAUAAACUAUAGGUGUAUUAUGACUGGUAAAGGAAGCGGGGGAUACGAAAAGGAAAGACAUGUUGGUUUGACCCGUUGAAGUUUCAGACUAGUUGAUACAGAUUAAGUAGACACUGUAGAAAACCCAAUGUGACUGCAGCACCAAAAGGAAGCGUUAGAUCAAAAGAACAGCAAUCAAACAGAAGUUACAGAAGAUACAUCGGUCCAAAUACGGUCGCUGAAAGAUCUCAGAGUUCUGCAUUUGUAAGACUUUGCAGCCUGACGUCAGAAUCGAUGCAUCAGUGAUUGUGUCGCAUCAGGCUGCUGCUCAUGCUUUAAUUUGCAAGAACAAAAAUUUAGAUUUUUUUUUCUUCCAACAAAUGAUUGAUCAAUGAGUUUAGCAUUGAAACAGAUCCGGAGAAAACUGAAAGGUAGAGGGUGGUUGAAGAAAUGUGCCCUAAAUCCAUCCGCAUUUCUUUCUUUGAGAUGAACAUGAUUAUUGAAUUAUGGUUUCUACAUCUUGAGCGUGCAGCAUACAUUGGGAUUCCUACAGUUGCUCUUGCUGUGCUUGUGAGGGUACCGUCAUUGUUUGAAGGUGAAUGACAUCAAAACCCCAUUUUCAUCAUGGCAAGCCUUAAAACUCAAUCGCGGGGAAAACAAAGCUACCACUAGCUUUUGUUAUAACAGUUUCAACUCCUUUCCAAUCCAAUGUGGUUUUAUUAUUAAAUAAUUACUGACGUAAUUAAAACUUUUUCAAUAGCCAUAUUAUAAAAAGGUAUAUACAUAUAUAUGAAUAUAUAUUUGUGUGUUUGUGUAGAUAUCUAGAUGAUUAUAUACUUUCUUAUAGAAAACUUUGAUGUUGACCAUUCUCCUCAAUGUUUUGAGAACACGUUGACACAUUUCAGCAUAAUAAUACCGCUGUCCGCUUGGUCUAGGUCCUAGGUCGGUGGACAACGAAUCCAAAUAAAUGAAAAAAAAGUUUAAAAAAAAUAAAUAAAUGAAAAAAAAACUUCCAAAGGGAAUAACCUGUGUCAGAAUGCAAUACCUUCUUUCCACUCUUCAUUUCAGAAAAAUGGAAAAUGGCAAGAAAACCAUAAAACUUGAUAGGCAAGUUGACCAAAAAAUAAAAACCUAAACAAUAAAGAGUGUGGCUCAUGAACAAAUGUGAUGUUUUCAACAGCCACGUCAUAUUCACUUUUAUAGAUGUUGUGUUUCCAAUACCAUGGCCCACUAAAAAAAAAAAAAACAAGUCUUUGUUUUUAUGUCAUUUCCUGUUUCUUUGGUUCAGAAAACAAUGUAUCUGUCAGCUAGCCACACCAUCAGUCGGGCCCCUACCAGGACAGGAGUGCUUGCAAUACUGACCUGAUUCUGAUUACGAGUUCCACUUCCGUGUUUGAUCACAUUUCAGCAUCAACAGUUGUAAAAUACACAGAAUCGAAUGGGUAAUCUGUUCAACUUGAUGGCAACAGUGAUGUCAAAUAGGCACUUAGUAGGGACUGCAAACUGUCAAAAAUCUGCUUAAUGUGAGUGAGGUUGUUUUUUCUUUUGGGUGGAAGAAAAUAUUUUGACAUAAAGGGCAUACAUUGUUUUUGAUGUUUUCAUGAAUAUUGAUUUUAUUGUCUAUUUACAUCUAAUGACUAUCAAAUUCACAAAUGAUUUCUCUCUUUUUUUUAACUUAGUUUUUGGUAAAAACAAAAAGGUAAAUACUGCUAGUGAGAUUUUAUAUUUUUACAUAUGUUGGUUUUAUUUUGCGUUUCUUUUUUUUUUUAUUUAUACGCCACUUAGUUUGGAUGUCUUUAAAUGGUGUUAUUUUCUCCGUUUUUUUGUGUGAUUUCAUAUGUCUUGAGAAUGGAGACAAAGGCAUUUCAGUAUUUUUGAAUUGUUAAAAUCUAGUUUCAUAGAAGCGGAAGUAUCUGAUGUUAUAAAUUAUAUUUUAAUUCAUGUAAAUAGUUUAAAACAGAAGACUAUGGCUUCCUUUUAAACUGAAUACAUUUCUCUUCAGAGAUUGUUUACAUUAUGAAACUGUAGAGAUGUGCUCCUCAUAUACUGUAUAAAGUGCAUAUAUUCAUUGAUUUGCCUCCAAAAAAUAAAAUCCUAAUGAACAGCA